AUGUUCGCCAUCGACAGUCUAUUCGCGGACGGCCCGGAGUACCUCGAGCGGAAGUGUCGACCGUUCGAGCCCCCAAAGAUCAGCUUGGCUGAAGUGCACGCCGCCAUUCCUCCCCACCUUCGUGAAAUAUCGACCUUGAAAGGACUGUACUACCUCUCGAGGGACAUCUUAUUCGGCCUCCUCUUCUAUAGAGCAGCCCUAUACAUUCCCAUCGCCGCAAAUUACGCCUCUGCAUCCCUAGGCCUUGGUCAACCUUUUGGACUGGCACUCCGAGCAACAUUAUGGGUGUGCUAUUGGUUCUGGCAGGGCGUGCUAUUCGCAGGGUUCUGGUGUCUCGCCCACGAAGCAGGGCACGGUACCAUGUCUCCCCAUAAAGCAGUCAACUCACUACUCGGGUUUACCUUGCACACAUUUCUCCUAGUACCCUACUACUCUUGGCGCUCCACCCACCGUACCCACCACAAAGGUACCGCAUCCCUUGAGCGCGACGAGAACUACCUCCCACGCACGCGCAGUGAAUACGGCCUCCCUUCACCCGCUAAGGCCACGCCGAUUGACUACCGGGAGAUCUUCGAAGACGCGCCACUGUAUAUCCUGCUGCGCAUGCUCUUGAUGCAGCUGUUGGGGUGGCACGCGUACCUACUCUAUAAUGCGCUCGGGAAUCAGAAAUACCCGGCGGGCACUAACCAUUUUAGUCCGAGCUCGCCGCUGUUCAAGCUACAUGAACGCACCCAAAUCAUGGCUUCCAACAUCGGCAUAGCAGCCAUGGCAGCCCUCCUAGGGCUCUAUGCUCACUCGCACGGUUUCCUGGCGUUCAUCAACCUCUAUCUUAUCCCUUACCUCCUCGCGAACCACUGGAUCGUGAUGCUCACCUUCAUCCAGCACUCUGACCCGACGAUCCCGCACUACCGCGGCGCCUCGUGGUCCUUCCUGCGUGGGUCCCUCGCAACCGUCGAUCGGCCCCUCCUAGGCUGGAUCGGCCGCUUAUUUCUACACAACAUCUCACACGACCACAUAGCCCAUCACCUAUUCUCCUCUAUACCCUUUUAUAACCAACCUCAGGUUACUGAAUGCCUCAAGAGUGUGCUUAAGGAACAUUAUAAUUAUGACUCAACGAAUACCUUCAGGGUGUUGUACCGCUCGUUCACUGAAUGCUGUUUCAUAGAAGAUGAAGGGGAUAUUGUAUUCUAUAAGAACCAGGACGGUGUCGCACAACGGGAGUUGAAGGAAGACGUCGAUUCUGGGCUCGAGAGUAACGGUAGCACUGACUAA